ACCUUAUGGCAAUCAUUGGUUCUCCUCUGAUGGUCCAUCAUGUUUAGAAAAACAAAAAUUUUCCGUUACAAUUUACCGGUGGUGAGUGGAUUCCUGCAAAAGUGCUCCCUCAAUUUGGUCGGUGUGAAACGAAUGGAUAGUUGCUUCAAGGCACAAAGCAGAGCAUUGUUUUCCAUAUCGAAACAUCAAGCACCUCGCCCGUUCAGCAUCCGAUUGGCCAAGGCGCAAGAUGAAGUGCACAUAUUGCACUUCAUUCGGGAGAGUUUCUUCAGCGAAGAACCUUUGCUGAAAAGUUUGAAAGUCACCAAAGCAGUGGCUAAUCCUUGCCUGGAAGCGUACAUGUAUGAACAUUUGAAAGAUGGAUUCAGCCUAAUCGCCGUUGAACCGGACAAUCGAAUAGUGGGUGUUGCGCUGAAUCAGCGGAACUGCGAAUGGGAGGGCGACAAGCUUCGAGAGCGGGCUGAUCUUGUUCAGAGUGAUCCACUCCGAAAGCUCUACUACAUUUGGUCGAUCAUUUCGAGAGAGCCAAGACUCCAUAAGAAGUUCAACACGUCUUGCAUCUUUGAGAUCGCUAUUCUCGCAACGGCACGCGAGGCUCAGCGCAGAGGUAUUGGAUAUCAAUUAACAGUCCGCUCGCUGCAUUUGGCACGUGAUAUGGGAUACGAUGUGGCUCGCAUGGACUGCACCAAUGAGUACAGCUCCCGAUUAGCGCAACGUGCUGGGAUGGAGUGCAUGUGGUCCGUGCCGUACAAACAUCUAGUGGACAGUACUAAAAAGCCAGUGGUGCAACCGGAAGUGCCUCACACCCAUAUUCGCGUUCAUGCCAUCCAGCUGCGAAAGGCUUAGUAAACAGGAACAUUACCGCUGAAGGGCAGCGGUUGCGUUUGUAAUUAUUGAAUAAAUUAUAUUAAUUGAAUUAAGUUUCUUGUUCAGCUCACACCAGCAUGAUUUAGCUCGCAGUGCAAGGGGUUAGUUAGGAUCACGUACAUGUGUUUUUUGUACCAAACCUUACGGCUUUUCAAAAUAUUGACGCAGAAUUAGGUCUUACGGCAACAUUCUGAAAAUGGGGCGCAAAUUAAAUUAUCGAAAAAAUCUAGAGCGUCACGAAAGUUUAUUUCGAAUGCUUUGAAUUCAGACAGCUUUUAACGAAUUUUUUUCAUUCUGGCAUCAAUCGGUUAAAAAAUUAAUCAAGCGUUUGUUUAAAUGCAUUGUACUACUGGAUAAUGUAGAGCCUUGUUUUGAACGCAGUUUUUAACCAAUCGGAGCUGAAAAGCAAAAACACUAUUAAGCAAUCAUUUUAAUCGACUGGGAAAUGGUGUGAAGCGGUAUAUUUUUUUAAUAUUAUUUUUGCUUUAAAAAAGAACGAAAUCCGUUGGAAACUAACUGAGUUUAAAACAUUUGAAAGUGAGCAAUUUUCGUGACGCUCUCCAUGUUUUUGGUUUUACAAUGUGUACCCCAAUAUAUGCUGCCGUAAGACGUAAUUCUACGUCAAAAGCGCACUAAUCGAUGUGCUCUGUUGAAAGAAAAAUGAAGAAGGAAAAAAAUUGUAUUAAAUAAUUCAUAAAUGCUUCAUGAUCGCGUGCGAUAUCCGCUCUGACAUAAUGAAUCUCAUUUUAUUCUGGUUUAGAGAUAUCUUCUGAAUAGCCCCGCCUUGGUUUCAAGUUCCCACAGUUUGUCCCAGUUUCGUAAUAAGGAUGCACAUAAAAUGAUUUU